AUGAAGGUGGCGGCCGCCUGCCUCGCGGCGCUGCUGCUCGCCGGCCUGGCCCUGCGCGACGCCGAGGGCCGCCCAGAGCAGCACUCCAUGGAAAUCAGGAACCCGGACAUCGACCCCUCGUGGUACACGGGCCGCGGGAUCAGGCCCGUGGGGCGGUUCGGCCGGCGGCGAGCGCCGGGCGCUGCGGAGCCGGCCCACGGCUGGGCCCGGCCGCUGCGCCGCCCUGCGCCGGAGCAGCCCAGCACCUGA